AACGCGGCUCUUGAAAGCAUGUCGCCCAUGAAGCUGUCUGUUCCAGUUGCAGCUCCAUAGACUCCCAUUCUAGUUGCAAAAUUAUUUUCUGUGCUAAUUGGCAGCAUGUCUGUUGCAUAUGGUGAAAGGCUCUGCAGUACAGAGGACUGUAUCCCCGGUACCGGCACGUACCUUCGGCACGGCUGCAUCUUCGCCUCGCUCGCGGGAUAUGUGCUGAAAAAGAACGAGGGAGAGGAGCUCCCAGUUAUAUCAGUGGUUAGAGAAACAGAAGCACAACUUUUGCCUGACGUUGGUGCCAUCGUCACCUGCAAGGUGACAAGUAUCAACCCAAGGUUUGCUAAAGUACACAUAUUAUACGUGGGGUCAACACCACUAAAAGAUCGGUUUAGAGGCACAAUCAGGAGAGAAGAUGUGAGAGCGACAGAUAAAGAUAAGGUGGAGACGUACAAAAGCUUUAGGCCAGGUGACAUCCUCCUUGCUAAAGUGAUCUCUUUGGGUGACGUGCAGUCGAACUACCUGCUUACCACAGCGGAGAAUGAGUUGGGUGUGGUCGUGGCCCACAGUGAGGUGCACAGAUGGUGCCCAUCAGCUGGUGUGAGAUGCAGUGUCCUCGCACGCACUCUAAAGAGUUCCGCAAAGUCGCACGGGUACAGCCAGAGUAUCUGCAGGCCUGAGCCGUGCCCACCAUGCCCGUAACCACACCCACUGGAAAACACAGCUUCAAAGACACGCCCUCCUGCUUUACUCAUGCACAAUUCUGAGGCAAAUCAUUGUGUUGGGAAUUCGAUAGAUCAGUUGAAUCUCCUUACACAUGCCACUCUGCCUCAUAAUGUCUUUGAACAGCACACUGUCUGACCUGGUAAACUGCUUUAAAUCCAUUGCUCAUACAGUACGAGUACAGGAAUGGACAUAUACAUGAAUAUCACUUUACCAUAAUCUGAAUGUAGUCAGUAGUUACAUCUAUUCUAGCAUUUCUAAUGCUCUCGGUGCUCCAACACACCUUCGAUUACGAGAAAACGUGUUCAGAUGUUUCAGAGCUUCUAGAAGUAUUGUAGAACAUGAAGAAUUGUGUCGUAUUUUACCUUGAAUGUCCUUUGUUGAGAGCUUGUGUAAAACAUUGAAAAUCACACCGUUGGAACAAAUUAUGGGUAAAUUUCAACAUGUCCAGGUCCCACUUGACAAAAAAAAUAAUAAUAAUUUGCACGAAGAAAAAAAAAAGCCUACUGUAUUUAAGGACCAAAAAUAUAUAUUUUUUUGCAUGGUGACAUUAUUUUCAUUUGACAAUUAAAGGUGCUGUAAGUGGGUUUUUUUUUGCAUGGCAAGGCAUGCAAAAAAUGUUCCUACUACCUGAAAGAUAUUACUGAAAUAAGUGUUGUGAGAUAUCUCACCGGUCUCUGUGACAGCUCUAGACUCUGUAAACAGCAAACAAAAAUGUGUCCACGGGUCGGGGUCAGUGACGCUUUUGACCUGUCAGUCAUUUUGCACGUUUUCAUAGUAUUGUAGUUGAGUGAAUUAUUGAGGCUUAAUGCCAUUUUUAUGCCAUGUUGUUCAUAACAGUUGUCAGUUGAGGGCGCUAUUUUGCUGCUGUUUUUAACAAACGUUUCUGCACGAUGUCGGUCUCAAUUAAGCUCAUUUGGCAUCUUUGGAGUUUGGGGAUUUGGAAAGAGGGGGCGUAUCUAAUUUAACGGCUCAGUCUCGUGGAAAUACAAUGGCUGAAAUCGCUUACAGCAUCUUUAAAUAUAUUUCUCCAUCAAAUUCUCAUUACCGCUUUUGCUUUUGGGGUGUAAUGUGACCUACAGAGGCAAAGUUUGCAGUGUUUCACAACGGGAGAUGUGAAACAUUUUGAAGUAACGUUUAUUGAGCGCUAACUUGUGGCGGCACUGUUUGCAAACUCUUAAAAGUGCAUGAACUGUAAAAUUAGUCAUUGAAAGCAUUUAUUUUGCUCUUGCUACUUUUAUUCAGAAUAUUUGAAAAUGUGUCUUUUUGAUAUUUUCCUCAUUCUGUCCUUUUGUCUGUAACAGUUUUGAGGUCAUGUUUUGAUGACUUGCAGUUAAUGUAAUUGAUCCUACUGUAAUUCAGUAGCCGCUCUGAUGGAUUAAAUGAAUGACUACAGGACAACAGCGGUUGUGACUAGUGAAUGUUUGAUUUUCAUGCAACCAGCAAAUACUACUCAAUAGUAAGACAUUUUGUAUUUGUUUUAUUUCGUGGUACCGGACCUUUAGGUCCUUAAAUUCAAUUCAGUAUAAAUGCCAUGAAAACUCUGA